GUCUUGCCUUGUGUUGGCAGGCAAUGUGAUCACGUCCCUGUGGAUGGCGGGGCCACAGUCAGUGCAGUACCUGAUCAUGGUGGACGAGGGCAUGAAGGCAGCCAGUGAGGAGAGGGAGUCUGGGGAGAGUUCAGGGCCCUUCACCGUGACCUCCACUGGCCUGGUGGUGGUGCACAGGGCCCUGGACCAUGAGCGGCGACGCACACAUCACAUCAGCGUCACCAACCGUACACUGACCACGCCGCCCACGGUGGACUACAUGACCAUCUCUGUGGUGGUGAUGGACGUGAAUGACUGCCCUCCACGCUUCUCUGAGUCCGGCUACACAGCCCUGGUGGCCGAGAACAGCGAGGUGGGCGCCACCGUCACCAUCCUCACGGCCGCUGAUGACGAUGAAGGAAACCAUGGCCAGAUCCAGUACAGCCUCGGCCCCGAUGAAAGCGCUGUAGUGAAGUCAACUUUCCGCAUUGAUCCACACACUGGGACGCUGACCCUGGCGGCCCCGCUGGACCGCGAGACCAUGGCCCAGUACUCCUUCACCGUCACUGCCACUGACGGGGGCCCCAAGCCUCUGUCCACCAGCACAAGAGUCACUGUACUGGUCAAGGACUACAACGACAACCCUCCAGUGUUCACCAAAGACACUUACGUCACUGCUGUGCCUGAGGACACCGCCACGGGCACGGCGGUGGUGGAAACUCAGCGUGACGGACGCCGACGCGCCGGUGGCCGAACUUUCCUUCUUCAUCACCGGCGGCGACCGUGA